AUGAAACGACGACCGAGUCCGUCACAGAAUUUUGGAUGCGCCGUGGUGCAGUCGUACGGCGAAAAUGACAGACCCAGCAACGUGCUGGGAAUUGUACGCUACGACUCAUCGUCGACAUCCGAUCCGACUUCGACGGCGUGGUCGAGUGCCACCGACGACGGCACGACCACUUGCGAGGAUGUGCCCAUGGCCAGUCUUCUGCCAUACCUGGCUAGUGCAACCGCGGACGACCCGGACACCACGACGACCUUUGCCAUCGGUCUGUAUCGGGGCAAAAAUGGCGUCGGUCUUUAG